GAUCACUCUUUUCUGUGCGCCCAUUAUAAAGGCACGUCCCAUUCCCUUUAACUACCUGUCUUUUUUUUUAUCACCACCAUCACCACUACAGUCCCUGGUUCCAACUUCUCUCACUUCCAUUUCUUCUGCUUGGUGGUAAGGGAAUGGAGGAUGCGAAUAAAAGGCAGCAGGUUCCGGCGUUUGGGAGCUGGAAUUUCUGCGACGAGGUCCCGAUCACGGAGUGCUUCGAGACGGCGAUGGGGGCUGGGUUGAUCCGAGCACGCUUCUUUGUAGGAGAUGGUGAGGAUCUCUUCAAGGUGGUGCAACCACAGCAGCAGCAGCAGCAGCAUCAUCUGCGAAAGGGGAAGAAGCGAGGAAGGGGAAGAGAAGGGGUGAAGCAGUAUGACGAGGAGUGGAAGAAACCCAAGCCAGUGGACGAGGACUUGUACAAGAUACCCCCAGAUCUCCUCUACAAAAUGCCAAGGAAGAAGAAGCUGCCGUGGAAUUUGUGGGCCGGGUGUCUAGGCCUCAACUGCAUCGCUUAAGUGGGCUUGGGCUACCAAAGACACUAUUAUUUGAUGUUUUGGUGGUGCAUGUAGUUCCUAGUCCCCCCCCCCCCCCCCUUCUUCUUUUUGCCUCUGUUAUGUGUGAUAUAUAUUACAAGAUAGUGUUCUUUUACUCAGGAAAUGGAAGAAGCCCCUGAUGUUUUGCGUGAA